AUGGCCACGCCCCCCACUCCGACCAUCCAAAAAUCGCCACUUUUCGAUGCGAUCGACAAGAAUGAAACGGAAAAAGCACUGGAUCUAUUGAAGACGAGAGAGCAGGCGGCGGAGAGAGACGCCACUGGAAUGAGUGUACUCGGAUCGGCUGCUUAUAGAGGAAACGUGGCGAUUUGCGAGCGAGCGAUCGAAUUGGGAUGUGAUGUAAAUGAUAAGACAGAGGACACUCUCUACACACCUUUGAUGUUUGCUGGAUUAUCAGGAAAUCAAGAAGUGUGCCGGUUGUUGAUGGACUCUGGGGCCCGUAUGUACUGUGUGAAUGGAAUCGGAAAAACGGCAUCCGAGUUGUCUGCAUUCGUUGGACACCACGAAUGUGUUGCCAUUAUCAACAAUCAUAUAUCGAUUGAUUUGAUUGAAGAGUUCCUUCGACCGAAAGUGAAUGGAGAAUACGUUGGAGACGAGGUGUAUCCAGAUGAACUUCUUGAAUUCAUUCAUUCUCUUUGUGGAUCUCAUGAAGUUCAUCCUGUGAAAAUCAUCUUUCGAUUCAGUAAAUAUCCAGAUUCCAUCAAGUAUAAGAAGAAGAUUCUGUACGUAAUCGAUCGUGUAUUCGAACGACAACUCCGUUGCAAAGAGAGCAAUGAGAUAAUGUCACUGAAACUGUGGUUGAUACUCUUCUUCAUGCGAGAAACUUCAAAAUUUGUCGAAUCGAAUUCAGAUGAUGAGAAGUCUCCAGAAGAGUCGUCACUACAGUAUGCCAGAAUCAUUUCCACGUGGCAAGAAGGCGAUGAAAUCCGAAAAGCGUUGGAUGUUUUAUUGAGAAAUGCCGUCGCUUCGUUCCCGUAUAAACACUCGUUAUUACAUGAAACACUCGAAAAGGCGUUGAGAAAAACGCCGUGCGGACAGAGACCCACUGCCUACGAGUAUAUUGUUCAGUCACUUUUUGGACAACGCAUUGCGGCUGUAUGCCAGUUUUGUUCUGUUUGUGGACAUCCGGGUGCCAAGAAGAGGUGUCCCAAGUGUAAACUCGCCUACUGCUCGCAAGAAUGUCAGAAAUUCGACUGGCCAAUUCACAAAAAAGUGUGUUCAUCGCUGAAAGGAAAACAGGAAACGCCGGCGGAGGACCACAUGUCAAUGGAGGAAUUACAGGAGUCAAUCUCUCAAAUUGAUGCUUAA